AUGAUUUUUUGACUUCGCGCCGAGUCGCACGCGUGUGUGCUGAAGCCGUUCCGAGGUUUUAUAGCGUACCAGCUGCGUCGUUUCGGAACGACGUCAACAAAUACAGCAACCCGAGAAGGGAGAAGUUUCGUUUCAGAACAGGUGUAGGGAUAUUUAAGUCAAAUUGGUAUUUUGUUUCAAAUAUGAAUAAAGUGUGAGUUCUAAACACAGUAAAAGUGUUUGAGUGUUUUAGAGGUAACCAUAAGUAGUAGUUUGUGUUUUGGAAUUCGGUGAAACAACUAUAAACCAGUGUAUCAUGUGCUGUGCUAAAGUGUUAUUUGGUUGAUCAUUCCUUGAUACUGUGCUGAAAAUAAUAUAAGAUUCGAAUAAAUCUAUGAUCUAUGAUCUAUGAUCUAUGAUAAUAUGCUAACAGUGCAUUAAGUGUCCCUGCCAAGGUGUUUAAGUGAUAUCCAAUAUCGUAGUGAAGAUUGUGUUUUUGAAGAUUGUGAAUUGUUUCAACAAAAAAAUAAAAAUUAAGUGCUCACAUUCAAAAGAUAUAGUGCCGUGCCCAGUGUUGUUUGUUUGUGUCUGAUUCCGGUAAGCUCUGCGGCCAAAGCCUUCGUCCUGGAUCCACACGCGAGCAAGCUGAGCGCUAAGGUUGGACCCCAACAUGCGCACGUGCUCCCUGUGGAGGACGGGCAGCUAGAGCGGGCUUCUAUGAGGUGCAUCCGGAAGAAGAUGACCCUCCUAUACACGGCCACCUACCGGUACAAGCGUGCACUGCAAACAAUGGCGGCGGGCGUAUUUCUCAUCUACAUGACGCUGGUCCUGUACCAGAACGUCUACGGGUACGACGGUGGUGACGGUGGUCCCGACCCGGACCGUGCCAUCGUAGCCGACAAUUUGCAGGAUCUGCAAUCAUUCGGUGCAAUGAUGCUCGGUGGUGGUACUGGUGCUGGUGACGAGGUUCCUCCUGGCGUUCCGGUGGAUCCCGCGAUCGACGCGAGUGUAGUCAUAAGCAAGCGCGACAACUCUGCACCGUACGGGCGGGCAGACAACAGUGAGAAUGAGCUGGUGCGUGCGGACGCGAAUAAGUUAGUGACCGGGCCCGGGGAGGACCCACGCCGUCGGACACUCGAUGGCCACCGGAUACCGCCACCGCCGGCCGUUACCGGCACGCCCAAGCCACCCACCACCGAGCUGGACGAUCUGCUGAUCAGCGUGAAAACGACCAAAAGCUACCACGACACGCGGCUCGAGAUGAUCAUCAAGACGUGGUACCAGCUGGCCAAGGAACAGACAUGGUUUUUCACCGACACCGAAGAUCCCCACUACCAGCAGCUGACCAACAACCACAUGGUCAACACCAACUGCUCCCAGGGCCACUUUCGGAAGGCGCUCUGCUGCAAGAUGGGCAAGGAGUUUGAGUUUUUCCUCGACAGUGCCAAAAAAUGGUGGUGUCACUUCGACGACGAUAACUACGUGAACGUUCCACGACUAGUGCGAAUGCUGGAUGACUACAACCCAACGCAGGAUUGGUACCUGGGCAAACCGAGCAUAUCGUCCCCGCUGGAGAUCUUUCUUGAUAGUACCAAAACAUCGACGGAAGUGAACAAGAAGAUAACGUUCUGGUUCGCAACCGGUGGCGCUGGGUUUUGCGUAAGCCGUGCCCUUGCGCUGAAGAUGAUGCCGAUCGCUGCUAGCGGGAAGUUUGUGGCGAUCGGGGACAAGAUUCGCUUUCCGGAUGACGUUACGAUGGGCUUUCUAAUCGAACACAUCCUGAAGGUGCCACUGACCGUGAUCGAUGCGUUCCAUUCCCACCUGGAACCGAUGGAGUUUAUCCGGCCGGAAACGUUCCACGAUCAGGUUUCGUUCAGCUACGCCCGCAUGCGCAACGAGUGGAACGUCGUGAAGGUGGACGGGGGUUUCGACCUGAAGACGGACCCGAAACGGAUAUACUCGCUGCACUGCUAUCUGUAUCCGUUCUUCAGCAUCUGUCCCAAGUCGAUAAGACGGCGAUGAUGAAGAGGAUGAUGCCGACCCCGGGGAAGGACACACGCAAACACGCCAUAGCACACAGUCUGCAACCGUACUGACCGGACGGAGCGCCACUGAAUGAAACACAGCAGAUAGAGCCAAAUCAAAGGAUUAAGAUUACGACGAAACCGUGUUGCUGGGAUGGGAGGCAGAGGUAUCAACGCCCGAUGUUCUCUGGAUGCGUAAUGUAAUGCGCACUAGAAGGAAGUGAUUGUAUAGAGCAGGCAGCAGCAAUGUGCAUACUAUUAUACUUUGAAAAAAAAAAACUGUGAUCGAGAGAAGAAACGAAAGAAAGGGUGAAGUUGAAAACAGGCAAUAGUAAGAAGCAGGUGGUAGGUGUAAGACAACGAUUGACAAUAGUAAACGGUUAAUGUGCAAAAGAAGAGAUCACGCAAUACUAAAAGCAAGAUGUUAAUAGGACCAUAAAAUUACACAAGAACAUAAAAGUGUGUAAAAAGUAUAGGAAAACCCUCUCAACUAUAUUUAUGUUGAACAGAAUUAAAAGCGAUUGCACUACCUAACCACCAUGAAGGGGGACACAGGCAAGGUAGAACAAGGAAACUCAAUGUAUACAAAAGAGCUUGAGUGGGUGUGUGUUUUUGUUUUACAUACAAAAAAAAACUACACUGUGAAACGCUCAAAAACCAACCAAUUGCGCGCUGGGUAAAGGGACGAUCCACGUUCCUUAUUUACUUUGCACAGCCAUGUGCUGAAUAAUUGGAUCGAUGGAAACCAACGAAGCAUGCUGCCAACGAUCGAUUAUCAGUCUAGUCUUCAGCGUGUAGAGCAUAGGCAUAGUUAAGACGCUGCUGGUUUGAGCGUGAGGAACGCUGUGUGAGAAAGGCUUCAAACCGAUGUCUUCCAACACGACGACGAAGGGGGAAGCGUGAUUUGAAAUCAACCCCUGUAGCGUGUGUUCUUGUUUUAGUCGAUUAAUCGGAAAACGUGUACAUAUUUCACCACUAUGUUUAGCGAGCUGCCGGCGGUGAGUGAGAGAGCUGGCAGCGGAUUUUAGUGCUAAGUUUGUUAUCGAAGAAUAAUCUGUCAAAUUGUCGAUAGGUAGGGUAAGCACAGGCAAGGGAUUGUUUGAAGCAAGCAGGACUAUAAAAAGCGUAGCAAAAGUAAUGGAAACUAACGGACUAGCUAAAGGGAUGUACGCUUGUAUAGCAAAUGUACAGUACGAUGAGUACGGUUUUGUUAAGUGGAUUGUUCAAAACAAGUUGUAAACAUAAAAUAAAAAAAAUGGUGAUAUCAAAA